CCAUCAACGGGCAGCAGAAGGAAACGCGGUUUGGACUUCCACCCCACUUCCUCCUCCACCGUUUCCUCUCUCUCUCUCUCUCUCUCUCUUUCUAAUCUCUCUUCCCCAAAACACACACUCUCUCUCUCUCUGCUCUUCUCUAUCAAUCUCACUCUUUCUCUCUCAUUAUUUGGGAUCUCUUCUUUCCAAACCCUAGCCAGCCACUUCAAGUUCACUCGCCACUACUACUGAAACCCCUACUAGAAACCAGAUCACCAUACAUUCCUUACAUAUACGGCCCAGGGAUGCAGUUUUAGGGUUGAACCUUGAAUGGCGAGCUCCGACCCGACGAAGAGGCCCCGCCCGGGUCCCUGGCCACCCGCCCCCGAAUCCACUGCAAUGCCUACGUCUUCUUGGGCCAAGCGGACAGGCUUCCGCCCUAAAUUCUCCGGCGAGACCAAUGCCAGCUAUUCCGGCCAAAUCGUGGCCCGACCGAAGCCGCGGGAGCCCGAUACACAGGUGGAUCUGGAAGCGGCUAGGCCUCGGCCCGCCCCGGCCGUGAACGGGGAGCCCGACGGUGGUAAGGUGGCGCCGGAGGCAGAGAAGAAGGAUAAAGUGGUGACGAGGAGGAGGGACUCCGAUGGAGGAGCGCCGAAGGGAUCGGCCCCUCCUGCCGCCAACGGGCAGGGUGCGGCGGAGCCACCUCCUCCGCCGCCGCCGAGCAGGAGACCUGUGAGGAAUGAAGAGGUUGUGGAUGUGUUGCCUCAAACGGUGGACGAUGAUGGCCUUGUGUCUCGUCACUCGCAUAUGAAGUAUGAGCUCAGAGAUACACCUGGCCUCGUUCCAAUUGGCCUAUACGGACUCCAACAUUACAUUUCAAUGCUGGGUUCUUUAGUUCUUAUUCCGCUAGUAAUUGUUCCGGCAAUGGGAGGCACUUAUGAAGAUACGGCUAACGUGGUCUCAACUGUGCUGUUUGUAUCUGGAGUAACAACACUGCUGCAUACAUCAUUUGGAUCAAGGUUGCCCCUGAUACAGGGUCCAUCUUUCGUCUAUCUUGCUCCGGCACUUGCAAUUAUCAACUCUCCGGAAUUCCUGGGACUGAAUGGCAAUAAUUUCAAGCAUAUUAUGAAGGAGCUGCAAGGGGCUAUAAUCAUAUCUUCAGCCUUCCAGGCGGUACUGGGGUAUACUGGACUAAUGACACUAUUAUUGAGGUUGAUUAAUCCAGUUGUCGUGGCCCCAACUAUUGCUGCAGUUGGACUUUCUUUCUACAGUUAUGGUUUCCCGCGAGUUGGUACAUGUCUUGAGAUUGGUGCAGUUCAGAUCUUAUUGGUUAUUAUUUUCUCUCUUUACCUCAGAAAGAUAUCUCUUUUCGGUCAUAGGGUAUUUCUUACAUAUGCGGUUCCAUUGGGUCUUGCAAUCACAUGGGCGGCAGCUUUUCUACUGACUGAAGCAGGAGCCUACAAUUAUAAGGGCUGUGAUGUAAAUGUACCAGCAUCAAACAUAAUAUCCGAGCACUGCAGAAAGCAUCUUUCCAGGAUGAAGCAAUGUAGAGUUGAUACUUCUCAGGCAUUAAAAUCUGCCCCAUGGUUUAGGUUUCCUUACCCACUACAGUGGGGUACACCUAUCUUCCACUGGAGAAUGGCUCUUGUUAUGUGUGUGGUGUCCUUAAUCUCAUCAGUGGAUUCUGUUGGCUCAUACCAUGCUUCAUCCUUGUUGGUUGCAUCCAGACCUCCGACUCCUGGUGUUCUUAGUCGAGGAAUUGGUCUGGAAGGUCUUUCUAGUAUACUGGCUGGUCUUUGGGGAACAGGGACUGGAUCCACAACUCUAACUGAAAAUGUACACACCAUUGCUGUGACAAAAAUGGGAAGCCGCCGAGCAGUUGAGUUGGGUGCAGUGCUUUUGAUUUUCUUGUCCCUAGUAGGUAAAGUCGGUGGGUUUAUUGCUUCAAUUCCUGAAGUCAUGGUUGCGGCUCUCCUCUGCUUUAUGUGGGCAAUGCUUACAGCAUUGGGCUUGUCGAAUCUACGCUAUAGUGAGCCAGGAAGCUCCAGGAACAUUAUCAUAGUUGGGCUAUCUUUGUUUCUCUCCCUCUCAAUACCAGCGUACUUCCAGCAGUACGGCAUCUCUCCAAAUACCAACUUGUCUGUUCCAAGCUAUUUUCAGCCGUACAUUGUCGCUUCACAUGGCCCAUUUCGCACAAAAUAUGGAGGGCUAAAUUAUGUGAUGAACACAUUGCUGUCCUUUCACAUGGUGAUUGCAUUCCUGAUAGCCGUAAUAUUGGACAACACUGUGCCUGGUAGUCAGCAGGAACGAGGUGUGUAUGUUUGGUCGGAGCCUGAGGCUGCCAAACGGGAGCCUGCGGUUGCCAAAGACUACGAGCUGCCCUUUAGGGUAGGCCGAGUUUUCAGAUGGGUGAAAUGGGUUGGUCUCUGAGAUGUGCGUCUUUAUCAUCAGACACUCAAAGCUCAUCAAAAGCAGUUUUCGAACUGGGCAAAGGAGGUGCUAUCUUGUGACUCUAAAUUAAGCUUAGAUCUCAUAGUAGAACGGAGGCAUGUAAACGUUUUUUUCUUUUUUCUUUUUUUUUGUUUUUGGUUUCCUCAUUUUGUUUUCUGUUUAUUUAAAUUUCUUUUCUUACACGGUGGGACUUCUUGGGGGAUCAUAGUUCUUAUAAGAGGUGAACUAUUUUGUGUACAUUGGAGGAUCUACUGCGUGUUGUACUCUAAAACUGUAAACAAUGUAUGUAGUUUAAAGACAUUGGUCAGAAAGCCCGGCUGGAUUUCUUA